CCGCCAUCUUGGCGGGGCGUAGAGAGCGGGAGCGGCUGGACGCGAACGUCUUGAGAAGGCGGCUCUCUUGUUGGCCAGCACUUGAGAGCCUUAUCUCCCCCUCACGGCACCUGCCAUGGGGGAUGUGAAAAAUUUCUUGUAUGCCUGGUGUGGAAAGCGGAAAGUGACCCCAGCUUAUGAAAUCCGCGCUGUGGGUAACAAGAACCGGCAGAAGUUCACAUGUGAGGUUCGAGUGACAGGCUUCAACUAUAUUGGCAUGGGCAACUCUACCAACAAGAAGGAUGCCCAGACCAAUGCCGCGAGAGACUUCCUUAACUAUCUUGUUCGAGUGAAUGAAAUCAAGAGUGAAGAAAUUCCAGCUUUUGGAGCAGGAGCUGUGGGUGCACCUGGUGGAGGUGUGACUGGGGCAGAAGAUGGUACAGAUGGAUUGGAUGCUCCUUUUGGAGGGCCUCUUCCACCUCAUCUGGCUCUUAAAUCAGAAGAGGUAGAUGAUGCUGUUCCUCCAGGGAUUGGAAGCUCCGGCUAUGGUGGAGCUCAGUGGGACCGUGGAGCUAAUCUUAAAGAUUACUAUUCCAGGAAGGAGGAGCAGGAGGCCCAGGCAACCUUGGAGUCAGAAGAAGUAGAUUUAAAUGCUGGCCUUCAUGGAAACUGGACCUUGGAAAAUGCCAAGGCACGCUUGAACCAGUUUUUCCAAAAGGAGAAGAUCCAAGGAGAAUAUAAAUAUACUCAAGUGGGACCUGAUCAUAACAGGAGUUUUAUUGCAGAAAUGACCAUUUAUGUUAAGCAGCUGGCCAGAAGAAUCUUUGCUCGUGAACACGGGUCAAAUAAAAAGCUGGCUGCACAAUCUUGUGCUCUGUCUCUGGUCAGGCAGCUCUAUCACCUGAAUGUCAUUGAGGCUUACUCUGGGCAAACCAAGAAAAAGGAAGGGGAAUCGGUGGAGCCUUAUGAAGUCACUGUCUCCACUGAUUUGGAAAGUCGAUUGCAGAAAAUUGUAGAAGAGAUGAGUCUUCAAACUGUUCCACCUCCUGAAGAUCCCAGCCUCCCCGCUGUGCUCAACAUUGGAAAGCUGGCUCACUUUGAGCCAUCCCAGAAGCAGAACCAAAUGGGGGUUGUGCCAUGGUCGCCCCCUCAGUCCAACUGGAAUCCGUGGACCAGCUGCAAUAUUGAUGAGGGUCCUCUAGCAUACGCCACGCCAGAGCAGAUAAGCAUGGACCUAAAAAGCAACCUCAUGUAUCAGCUGGAAAAUGACCAAGAGCUGCAGAAAAUUCUUCAAGAGAGGGACACCUUGCCUGUGAAGAAGUUUGAGCAAGAGAUUCUAGAAGCCAUCCAUCAGAACUCUGUUGUCAUCAUCCGUGGGGCCACAGGUUGUGGUAAAACCACACAGGUUCCACAGUACAUCCUGGACGAAUACAUCCACAGUGGAAGAGCGGCUGAAUGUAGCAUAGUGGUGACUCAGCCCAGGAGGAUCAGUGCUGUUUCUGUGGCUGAACGAGUCUCCUACGAGAGAGGAGAAGAACCUGGGAGUAGCUGUGGCUACAGCGUCCGCUUUGAAUCUGUGCUUCCCCGUCCCCAUGCCAGUGUGAUGUUCUGCACUGUAGGAGUCCUCCUGAGAAAGCUGGAAGCUGGUAUCCGAGGCAUCAGUCAUGUUAUUGUGGAUGAAAUCCAUGAGAGAGAUAUUAAUACGGAUUUCCUGUUGGUGGUUCUGCGAGAUGUAGUCCAGGCCUACCCGGAAGUCAGAAUCAUCCUUAUGUCUGCCACCAUUGAUACCAGCAUGUUCUGUGAAUACUUCUUCAAUUGCCCCAUCAUCGAAGUCUAUGGCAGAACCUUCCCAGUUCAGGAGUAUUUUCUGGAAGACUGCAUUCAGAUGACUAAAUUCAUUCCUCCACCAAAGGACAAGAAGAAGAAAGAUAAGGAUGAAGAAGGUGGAGAUGAUGAUGAUGCCAAUUGCAACCUUAUCUGUGGUGAUGAAUAUGGCCCAGAAACAAAACACCGGAUGGCCCAGUUGAAUGAGAAGGAAACCCCCUUUGAGCUCAUAGAGGCCUUGUUGAAGUACAUUGAGACUCUGAAUGUACCAGGAGCUGUCCUUGUCUUUUUGCCUGGCUGGAAUCUGAUCUACACCAUGCAGAAAUACCUGGAAAUGAAUUCACACUUCGGAACCCAGCGGUACAGAAUUCUUCCUCUGCAUUCCCAGAUUCCCAGAGAGGAACAGCGCAAAGUAUUUGACCCAGUGCCUCCUGGCAUGACCAAGGUAAUUUUAUCCACCAAUAUUGCUGAGACCAGUAUUACCAUCAAUGAUGUUGUCUACGUGAUUGAUUCUUGCAAACAAAAGGUGAAAUUGUUUACUGCGCACAACAACAUGACCAACUAUGCUACUGUGUGGGCCUCCAAAACGAACUUGGAGCAGCGAAAAGGACGAGCUGGUCGUGUCCGCCCUGGAUUCUGUUUCCAUCUCUGCAGCAGAGCUCGCUUUGAGAGGCUUGAGACGCAUAUGACCCCUGAGAUGUUUCGAACCCCCCUACAUGAAAUCGCUUUGAGCAUCAAACUGCUACGAUUGGGAGGGAUUGGACAGUUCCUGGCCAAAGCGAUCGAGCCGCCCCCUUUGGAUGCUGUGAUCGAGGCGGAGCACACACUCAGAGAGCUCGAUGCGCUGGACUCCAAUGAUGAACUGACACCUCUCGGGCGAAUCUUAGCGAGGCUUCCCAUUGAACCUCGCCUUGGAAAGAUGAUGAUAAUGGGAUGUAUUUUCUAUGUGGGAGAUGCUGUAUGUACCAUCUCUGCAGCCACCUGUUUUCCUGAGCCGUUCAUCAGUGAGGGAAAGAGGCUGGGUUAUGUCCACCGGAAUUUUGCUGGAAACCGAUUUUCUGAUCAUGUGGCCCUACUCUCAGUGUUCCAGGCCUGGGAUCACGCCAGAAUGGGUGGAGAAAAUGCAGAAAUACGUUUCUGUGAGCACAAGAGACUCAACAUGGCAACACUCAGAAUGACCUGGGAAGCCAAAGUGCAAUUGAAAGAUAUUCUUGUAAACUCUGGAUUCCCAGAAGAGUGUUUGAUGACGCAAGUAUUUAAUAACAUGGGACCAGAUAACAGUCUGGAUGUUGUUAUUUCUCUCCUGGCCUUUGGCUUAUAUCCCAAUGUCUGCUUUCACAAGGAGAAGAGGAAGAUUCUAACCACUGAGGGGCGCAAUGCCCUCAUUCAUAAAUCAUCUGUUAACUGCCCAUUCAGCAGUCAGGACAUGAAAUACCCUUCUCCAUUCUUUGUGUUCGGAGAAAAGAUCCGGACACGAGCCAUCUCUGCCAAAGCAAUGACUUUAGUGAGCCCUUUGCAGCUGCUUCUCUUUGGCUCAAAGAAAGUUGUAUCUGAUGGAGAGAUUAUUAUGUUGGAUGACUGGAUCAAACUACGGAUGCCUCAUAAGGUAGCUUCCUGUAUCACUGCCUUGCGUGCAGCAAUGGAAGCCCUUGUGGUAGAAGUAACUAAAAAUCCAGAUAUCAUCAGUGACAUAGACCCUCUGAACAAACAGAUGCUGGAUGUAAUUUGUGAGCUCUCCAAGCCAUUGGCUGCUGGCAUCAGCCUCACAACAGGAAACAUGAGAUUUGGAGAUGGACCUCGUCCACCCAAAAUGGCUCGCUACGACAAUGGAGGUGGCUACAGAGGAAGAGGUAGUGGAUACAGGGGUGGAUAUGGAAGUGGAUACAGAGGUGGAUACAGAAGUGGGUAUGGAGGAGGGUAUAAUUCUUAUCGUGGCAGCUUUGGAGGAAGGGGAUACUCAGGUGCUCCAGGAGGUGGUGGUUUUCGAGGUGCUGGAGGUUUUCGAGGUUCAGGUGGAGGAUACCAAAGUGGAGGAAAUAGAGGGGGUGGGUUUACAGAGGAUGGGCGUGGUAGGGGUGGCUACUGAACAAACUCCUGUUACCAGAAUGAAAAGAUGCAUGAACUUGUUUUCCUCUGUACUUUUUUGUGAGCAUAUACUAUAGAAGUGUUCCUAAUCCUGGAGUUCUCAGUGGUUUGAAACAUUGAGUUCUGAUAUCUAUAUUGAAUUGAGAUCAAUAUACUAGUGUUCCAUGUUAAGUUCAUUUUGAUCCUAAUAAAACUUCAUUUUUUUAAAAAAAAGAGUAAUUAUGAACCAAGGCAAUGACAUCUUGAUAGUGAUCUAAAUUUCUAGGCUUUUCUUUUUUUAUACUUAUAAAACAUCAAACUGCCCCUUCCAGUGUUGUAAUUUGGAUGAAAUCUUCUGUCCUGGAUGCAAGUGCCCAAUAUUUAUUUCUUUUAAAAAAUAAUAAAUAAAAAUAAAAAUACAUAGAA